CUGUCUGUCCUCUCGGGUGGAAUCUCUCAAGUCUCAAGAGAAGUCUCUGCCUGCCACACUGGUGCUGCUGGAGCCAACGUGAGCCAGCAAGUGAUGCAGAUCCCCUCGUUCCUCCCCAUUCCUGCUGCUGAUAGUGACUGGGCUGAUUGUGUGCCCUGCCAUCCUCUGGGUGACAUGCUGCUGUGGACAGCUCUGCUCUUCUUGGCUCCAGUCGCUGGGACACCUGCAGGUCUCCCGAAGGCUGUCCUGGACCUUGAGCCCCCGUGGGUCAAUGUGCUCCAGGAGGAUCCCGUGACCCUGAAGUGCCAGGGGGCCCGCACCGCUGUGGACCACGUCACCCAGUGGUUCCAUAAUGGGAGCUCCAUCCCAGCCUUGGUCCAGGCCAAUUACAGUUUUAAGGCCAGACAACAGGACAGCGGGGAGUACAGGUGCCAGACGGACCAGACCAGCCUCAGUGACCCUGUGCAUCUGGAUGUAACUUCCGACUGGUUGCUGCUCCAGACCCCUCGCCUGGUGUUCCAGAAGGGGGAGCCCAUGGUGCUGAGGUGCCACAGCUGGAAGAACAGGAGUCUGUACAAGAUCACAUUCUUCCAGGACGGGAAGUCCAAGCAGUUUUCUUCUCUGAAUUCCACAUUCUUCAUCCCAGAGGCAAACCUCAGCCACAGUGGCGACUACCACUGCACGGGAAUGAUAGGGCAGAUGCUGCGCCUCUCACAGCCUGUGGCCAUCACUGUCCGAGGGUCCAGCUGGAGCGACUCCUCCAUGGUGAUGACAGCUGGGGCUGUGGUCGCCGGCACCGCUGCGGUGGCCAUCCUCGUCGCGGCCGUGGCCUGGUUCCGCCUCAGGCAAAAGCAAACUUCAGCCAAUGUCACUGAUACUGAAGAGGCUGCCAAAAUUGAGGACGAGAAUACCAUCACCUACUCACUUCUCUUGCAUCCGGAGGAAGAGGCAGAGGCCUCCGAUUACCAGAACCACAUUUAGUCUCCAUUGUCUUGCCUGUGACCCAGGGAAGAGCAUCAGAGAGGCCAGGACGCCUGACCUGAGUUCGCCUUAGGGAAGACAAGGGGAUGCCGCAGUUCCAAAGGAGAAGAAGGACACUUUCAGAGUCAUCUGCAUGAAUCCUGAACCUCCCUGUCCUAAGAAGAAGGACACUUUCAGAGUCAUCUGCAUGAAUCCUGAACCUCCCUGUCCUAAACCACAAUGUGGUCCCAGAUGACUGACUGUCCUGGUUCCUUCUGUGUCUCAGCACUUCUCUCCAUCAAGACUCUUCUGCAUACAUCCACACGGCAGAUAAAAAUUACUUUUAUUAAGAGGUAGUAGCAACAUGGGAAAUGCUUAUGUUAUAGGUUACCUAAGAAAAUUAUGUAGGUAUAUAUGAUUUCAGGAAUGUCGAAGCAGAUUAACGUUUGCCAACAUAUUAAAAGUGAUGUUUCAGGGUGAUGGGAUUAUUGGUGAUUUUCAUUUUCUUUAUUUUUCUAUAUAGACCAUGUAUUACCUUUAUAAUAAAAUACUAGAAAAAAAGGCUGUAUUGGUUGGAGUGUGGACUGACCCGUUUCUUUUCAAGGAUAAAAAUCUUGGGAAGGUCGUAAUGGGUAGGAGGUGGAGGAGAGGGAAGAUUUGGAGUGUAGGGUGAGUGUCCUCUUCUUAAAACUGAAUACUCUUGGGGCGCCUGGGUGGCUCAGUCGUUAAGC